AUGCAUCAUAUCGGUGUACCCGUCGGCGCCCGAGGGAACCUUCGUGUGGGAAUACCAGAGCAAGUUCUCGUCGCGAUGGCAACGCGUCGCCGAUGCGUCGACAUUACAGGACAAACCGCCGCCUCGGUCUACCUGGCCGCCAACGACGCGACGCCGGCUCCGGCAAGAGACCCGAGAAAUUUCCGCCAGUGUUGCAUCGAGCAGGGUCUACACUCCAGCUGCAUGCCGGCGUGUUCCUACGACUGGCUGUCGCCGGACGACCUCCCCGCCGGCGUGCUGGAGACGUGCAUUCUCUCCGCCGACGACGAGCACCUCGCGAAGCUGGUCACGUGCGGCGCCGACGGAAAGAAUCACGAGCCGUGCUGCGCAAAGAAGGGCAUCCGUCAAUCUCCCGACGACUGGCUGAAUCCGGACAAGGUCAGCUUCUAUCACGUCUUCUAUCGCAAGCGCGGCGACGUCGUGUUUCAUCGUCUCUCGCAGAACAUCACCGCCUUGGCAUGGAGCGUGGCCGGAUUGGAUCCGGGUACGGAGUACGAGUUCCAGGUCGAAUCCGUCAACCUAGUAUCUCCGCGGCUGUCCGUUGCUCAGGUAACCGGGGAGCCAACAGAUGCAGCCGCGGAGACUGUCUCAAACAGGCCCGAUGUUUUGGCUUGCUGCGCGGCCAAUGGUGUGCCGGCGUUUUGCCAGCUGAAGAUUUGCACAUACGACCCUGAUUUGUUCAGCACGGAAAGCACUAACUCAACUCUUUGUGCGAUCACAUAUUUCGACAAGGCUGUGACAUGUUUUGCGGAUGGCAGGGAUCACUCUGGUUGCUGCCGGUCGCGGGGGGUCGCCCACGAAUGUGUCAAGUACUGUGAUCUAUCGCUGCUGGUACCCAAGCAGGAGUGUAUAACCGAGUUUGAUAAGAUCAAAUUGUGUUUCGAGGAGAAUUACGAGAUUCUUCCUGGACCACCGAUCAACAUUGCCGCGAGAAACAUCACUGGGUUUUCGGCCAUGAUAUCCUGGGACAAGCCAGCGAAGCUGGGAGAUAGCGUGACGUCAUACAGUAUCUCUUAUAAGGAUAUUCUUCGCAGCCCGACGUUCCGUAACACAGCUGAACCGUACGUCAUCGUUCACAAUGUCUCUUCGCCUCACGCACUUGCAGGGCUGGCCGGCGACUCCCUUCACAAGGUGUACAUGAUCGCUUACAAUGCACACGGCAGCAGUCUACCGUCCGAUAACCUACAAUUCCGCACACAGGAGCUUCAGCCGUACGGCAACAACACGAUUCCUUUAACCUCUCUCCUGCCGGUGGAACAUUCGGGAGAAAUCCCGGUCUUGCCAGACGAAAUCGACGUACCACCCAUUGACGCGCCCUCCCACAACGUCUCCGCGUGCUGCAUCCAACGCAACGUGUCCGCGAGGUGUCACCACUUGUGCAGCUACGACGCUACGGCUAGCGAGAUCAGUAGGAUCCGGGCGCUGUGUGCUGACGACCUGGACACUCUCUUCGAGUGUUGGUCGGACGGCAGAGAUCACCGGCAGUGCUGCCGCGACCGCGGCAUGGCGACGCGCUGCGUGGAGGCGUGCGGCGGCGAACUUCUGCAUAACAUUUACCGCCAGCGCUGCAAUAACGUUAGCGCCGACAUGCUGCAGUGCUUCGAGGAGGGACUCGACAUACUGCCGAAGCGGCCCGAGCGCGUUCGCGUCGAAGAGCUCAACUCCACCUGGCUGCAGCUGGCGUGGAACCCUCCGCGGGACAGCCCCGGGAACAUCACCCAGUACAACGUGUUCCAUUACCAUGGCAACGCGGCCACGCAGCCGGACAGUGGCGCCUUCAUGUACGUGACGAUUCCGCCGGUCACCACGUCGUACAUGUUUACGGGGUUGCAGCCGGGACAGAUGUACGUGCUNUAUAACGAUAUAACGAUAGUGUUGAUUCUGUUAUAAUCGAACUAAAACAUAUUAUGUCAACACCAGAAAAAUAUGGCGCCGAAAAUAUCUUUCCAUAGGCGGUUUAAGUUAGAUGUUAUUGUCGGAGCUCGUGUCGCGCGACUGCACGAGACUCAACCCCGCUUGUAUGUUGCCUACAUGAAUGAGUACCUUAUAUAUCUGUGAAAUCUA